AUGCAAAAUAAUUAUAAAUGUCCAACAUCUAAUUUCGGUAAAAGUGAACAGUGCAAUGAAUGUCCAAACCAAAGCAUAUGUGGAACAGUUAAACCCGAUGAUUCGUUACCACUAAUAUCUGCAAAUGUAUCACAUUUUAAACUUAUUUUUUCUAUUUUUAGCGGUAAAGGAGGAGUAGGUAAAAGUACAAUUACACGAAAUAUAGCAGAAUUUCUGUCGUUAAAAAAUUAUAAAGUUUUAUUGUUGGAUCUAGAUCUUUCUGGCCCAUCAAUACCAAAAAUGACACAUACAGAAGGAGAAAUAAUAAUUGAAAGCAAUAAAAGAUUUUAUCCAGUUAAAUUAUCAGAAAAUUUAGGAUGUAUUUCUGUAGGAUAUUUUGCUGACAGCCAACCCUCUCAAAAUUUAUUUAGUUCAACAUAUAAAACUAAUACUAUAAGAAAUAUUCUUAUAAAUGGUGACAUUGCAGAUUAUGAAAUAUUAAUAAUUGAUACACCACCAAAUGUAACAGAUGAACAUUUAGGAAUUGUAAAUUAUCUUAAGUUAAAUUUUGCUAUUGUUGUUACUACCCCACAAUUAAUAUCUUUUCAAGAUGUUAUAAGACAAUGUACUUUUUGUUAUAAAAAUAAUAUAAAGAUUUUAGGGAUUAUUGAAAACAUGAAAGGAUUUAGGUGCGAAAAAUGUGAUAGUUUACAAGAUAUUUUUUACAAUUCAGAUAUCGAACAGAAAUGUAAAGAAAACAAUCUUAAUUAUAUUGGAAGUCUUCCACUAAAUAUAGAAUAUGGUAAAAGUGGGGAUAAUGGCAUAUUGAUAGAUGAUCAAAUUUUUAGUAAGACUAUAGAUCUUAUAAUAAAUGAAAUCAAAUAA